AAUGAGUACAUACUAGAUCCCGCGUGGGAUAUACAUGAGGCUCCUCGAGUACGAUCAUAUCAUUUCGAGAUUAGAGACACCAUAUACCACCCCGAUGGCAUAUACAGGCCGAUGCUUUUGGUUAACCAGCAAUUCCCUGGGCCGCUUAUAGAGGCCAACGAAGGCGACAUCAUCGAGGUCAAAGUCGACAACCACGCCGCGAACGCGACCUCGAUACAUUGGCAUGGCAUCUACCAAAGAGGCAGUCCGUUCAUGGACGGCACAGUUGGAAUCACCCAAUGCCCGAUCGCUCCGAACUUCUCUCUGACGUACAGAUUCAAUGUGACUGGACAAAGUGGCUCAUAUUGGUGGCAUGCGCAUCAAGGUGUUCAGUCCUCAGACGGAGUCCAUGGUCCCUUGAUCAUACAUUCCCGCGACAAAAGCUUGCAGCAGAUCAAGUACCACACCGACCGCGUCCUUUUGCUUUCGGAUCACUAUUGGAACAGUUCCUCGGAACUCCUUUGGGACUAUCUAUCACCUGGCAAAGAGAACGACGAGCCUAUACCUGUUGGGGCAUUGAUCAAUGGUCGUUCGAAAUACAGAGACUGUGAAGAGAUCCGUAAACGAUACCCCGUUAUGCCGGACUAUCCAGGCAUCGACUUGGAGCCGGAGAAGUCUCACAGACUUCGUUUGAUCAACGUGGGAGCGUUUGCGGACUUCCACUUUCAAAUCGAUGAGCACGACUUGGCUAUUACUGAAGUAGAUGGCACAGAUGUGCAGCCGUACACUACCCAGAGAGUAUCUAUCAACCCAGCGCAGCGAUACAGUGUCAUCGUGAACGCAAAUUCCACAAGGUCGAAACUGUUCUGGCUCCGAGCUCGAAUGGACACUCAAUGCUUUGUCAACUCGAAAGGUGUUCAGGCCGAUGCACUUGCUGUAGUCCGCUAUCAAUCGGCCGUUGAAAGAAGCGAUGCGAAGAACAAGUGGCAAACAUACUCGGACUUGGCCAAGGAUAUCAACUCAGGGGACUGGGAUUUGCCACUGCCACAUGAUUGCAGAGACAUGAACACUACUAAUCUCUUGCCGGUCGUUAUCGAUUCCCCGCCGAAGCAUGAAGAUUCUUUCUUCUAUGUUCGCUCCAGCAUCAAGAUAGGCGACUGGCAGCUAGCAAGAGCCAUGUUCAAUGAGUCGUCGUUCCGGCCAGACUUCACUUCUCCCACGCUCGAUCGAGCUUGGGCUGGUUUGAGGUCAGACAACGACUCGUGGAUCCGACCUGAUCAGGAACUCCAUUCAGGUUUCAUCAACGAUGAAGCAUUUAAUGCCUCCCGCGAGCUAGUCGUACAGACUAGGGACUCUGCAACAAUAGACAUUCUCAUAAGCAAUUUCGACGAUGGCACACAUCCUCUACAUCUCCAUGGCUACAAAUUUUGGAUACUGGCUCAAGGCCACGGUUAUCCGCCAAGAAAGGACGAGCUGUCAGGAAUCACUCGUGAAAAUGUCCAGCCUUUGUACGAUCAGCUCGAGCUUCGCAACCCACUACGCCGAGAUACUGCUAGUGUAGAAGGCUACGGCUGGAUCUUGAUCCGCGUGCAAGCAGAUAACCCUGGUGUGUGGGCGCUUCACUGUCAUGUCUCCUGGCAUGCUGAGGCAGGCUUGGUGAUGCAGCUUCUGACGAACACCGAAGAGUUGAAGCAGUUUGAGUCUUGGUGGAAAGUGUCGAGGCUAUGUGGAGCG